AUGUCUCUUGUUUCCGGCCCAGGAAAAGGUGGUGCUGGAAAGCACAACCAAGGGCUGUUCGUGGAAAAGCACGUUGAUUAUAUCAAAAGCCUUGAUAAACGGAAAGACGAAUAUGAAUAUUGGUUGACAGAGCACUUACGGCUGAACGGUGUCUACUGGGGCCUCACUGCUCUCCAUCUCCUUGGAUACCCGGAAGCUCUUCCCCGGGAUGAAACAAUUGACUUUGUCCUUUCUUGUCAGCAUGAAAAUGGAGGCUUUGGUGCGGCUCCGGAUCAUGACCCCCACAUGCUGUACACGGACCGCAUUACUGGUACAUUCAAGGGCGACGAGUGGGGGGAAACCGAUACACGAUUCCUUUAUGGGGCAUUUAAUGCGCUGUCAUUGCUAAAUCUGCUCCAUAUGGUUGAUGUCGGUAAAGCCGUGUCUUACGUACAAUCAUGUGCCAAUUUUGAUGGGGGCUACGGUAUCCGGCCAGGUGCCGAGUCGCAUUCUGGACAAAUUUUUGUCUGUGUCGGCGCUCUGGCUAUUGCUGGACGACUGGACCUGGUUGAUUCCGAACGCCUUGGUGCAUGGCUAAGUGAGAGGCAGCUGGAUCAUGGUGGUCUAAACGGCAGACCAGGAAAGAAAGAGGAUGUCUGCUACAGCUGGAUCCGCAACUAG